AUGAUACAGAAUAACAUUUCACAUCAAAGCCUCGUGUCUCUCCGGCGUGGGAGCAGCUCCGGCCGACAUUACCAUAGGAGCAGUGCUGCCUCUGCCUGCCUGUCUGUCUGUCUGCCGUGCCAACCUCUAACAGGAUUAGGAGGGGAUGUUGUUGAGGUGCUGCUCCUGUUGUUGGUGUUACUCACUCUGAUGUGAUUUCCAUUCGUCUGGGCAGACCCUUACUUUCCCUUCCGUCUAAUCCCUCACUAUUCUCACCCGCUGUCUCAGCCGCACUAAUCUGCUGGCAGCCUUAGGAGCAGGAGCGUCAACUCUCCACAGUCUGUGGUCAGGACUGGAGGAAAAGGAUGUCUGUUACUGCACAGGAGUGAAGACACCUGAGUGACACCUGGGAGUUUAAGAGGAUGAAAAGCAGAUGAUGUGAUGUUUCUCACAUGAAUGGAUGGCUCCUCACGUGGUAGACAUGACAGCAGAGGAACCCUGCAGCCCCGCGGUGCUGAGCCCUGUGGGUGAAGGCAAGUUAGGAAGUGAGGAGAACAGCAGGAAACAGGAAGUAACAGGAACUGAGCCAGAAAUGUCUAAGGGGAAACAAUUGGCAGUGAAUGACAGCAGUGUCUGUCUGGAGGAGCUGUUCUGCAGGAUCUGUCAUGAAGACCAGUCCUGUGGAGAGCUGCUGUCCCCCUGUGAGUGCUCCGGCAGCCUGGCCACGGUUCACCGGACCUGCCUGGAGCAGUGGCUCACCACCUCCAACAUGGGCCACUGUGAACUCUGUCGCCACCAAUUUGCACUGGAGCGAUUACCCAAACCUCUCACUGAGUGGCUGUGCGCUCCGGCCAUGCAGCAGCAGAGGAGGACACUGUGCGGUGAUGCUGUGUGUUUCCUGUUCAUCACACCUCUGGCCAGUCUGUCAGGAUGGCUCUGUGUUCAGGGAGCCAUGGACCUGUACUAUACCAAAGGCAUGGAGGCUGUGGGGCUGCUGGUCCUCACGCUGGCUCUGUUCACCAUCUACGUAUUCUGGACUGUGGUUUCUGCGCGUUAUCACAUGCAUCUGUUCAUGACAUGGAAGAAGACGGGCCAGAGGGUUCGACUACAUGUUCCUUCACCUGGACACGGCAGCCACAAACACCAGAGUGUGUCCAUCAGCAGCCUGAGUAAAGCUCCUGACAAAGACACUGUGGUGUGAACACUGUCACAGAGGACUGUGGAACUGUGGUUACUGCAAUGACUUCCUUUCUUCACACAGUCCUGACUGUCAUGGGUAUCAUAGAAGUGGGGAAUCAACUGUGACCUGUGCCAUUCAUUAAAGGUCUGGUGACUGGAAGGAGGAAGAAUCAAACCCAGGGAACCCAUCCCUGCUCCUCCCCUGAACGACAAUCAGUGUAGAUUAAUAAAUACAGUGACAUGGGACCUGGGGUGUGACUAGAAACACUGCAGACAAGAAAGAAAGCAUGAAACCAAACUAAUCACAAUAGCAUUAAGGCAUAAAAGAGGUUUUUACAUCUGUGUUUUUGCGAUGAUAUAAUCGUUAUUACACAGACCAGAGCAGCACUUCCCACCAUGAAAGAGUGGGAUAACCCUGGCUAAAUAUGAAAUACGGACUAUUAUGUAUAAGUUGGAGUGACUCGAGCCGAUACUCAAGAUCGGUAUUGGUCUCAUAUUGAUCAAAAUGUCAGGACUGAACAUAAAAAAACAAGCUAAUAUUUAAUAUCAUCCUAUCUCUCAUCUGAGCAACAGAAUUGUUGGUAUCGCCAGAUACCCCAAGUUUCAGUAUCGGUUUCAGACAUGUUUAUAAGUGAGUGAUGUACAGGGAUUAACCCGACAGGAAGUGGUUCCAUGGUGUAAUGGUUAGCACUCUGGACUUUGAAUCCAGUGAUCUGAGUUCAAAUCUCAGUGGAACCAUACAAACUUCUUCUUCUUGGAUUAAACUGUGUUAAAAAUAGUUCCAUAAAAACAAUGUAUUUAUCACAGUUGUAAUUUAAGGGUUAGAACAACAUUUUGUACAGGCUACAGCUUUGUUUCUAUGAACUGUUAUUUCAAUCCUAUAAAUAAAGAUAAGUAAACCAUUGUAAAUAUAUUUAGGUUUUAUAGCUUAAUUUGUGAUUUUAAACACUGAUAUACUGUAUUACCUUUUUUUGUACAAUUUUUUGACUUUCGAUGAAUAUAUUGUUAUUAAAGUAAGAAAUUGUAAAUUGUAAGUAUGCACAUUUACGACAAUGACUGACAAAUGACUGGAUGCCCUUUUCUUCACAUCAAAACAUUCAAACUAACUCUCUAAGAUUUGUUACAAUAUAUGAAGUAGUCUGAAGAACAUGAA